AUGGCUGUCAUAGCACUGCCAUGCAAGCCAGUAGCCAAUGUUUCUCUUUUACAGAAACCAAAGCCCAAACUCUCCGCCUCUCGGAGACUGUUCCUGAAGACCAAACUGCUGAAGAAGGCCAUGACUAUGCUGGAGAGUGACAAGCAAUUCAAAAAAGAUGAGCGAGAGAGAAUCCUCUCAGAGAGAGUCCCGGUCCUCCAGCUGUCAGGCCUGUCUCAACAGGAUCUACAGAAUAUUUGCAAAGAACUACACCAGAAAAUUGACGUGGUUGAUGAAGAGCGCUAUGACAUUAAUUCAAAAGUGACGAAAAAUGGCACAGAGAUUCAGGACCUGUCACAGAAGAUCUUUGAGCUGAAGGGCAAGAUGAAGAGACCAAACCUGAAGAGGGUCCGCGUGUCUGCUGACGCCAUGCUGGGAGCGCUGCUGGGCUGCAAGGUCAAGGAGUCGGUGGACUUCAAGGCCAACCUCAAGACUGUGAAGAAGGAGGAGGAGAAGAAAGAGGAGGUGACCGACUGGCGUAAGAACGUGGACGCCAUGUCUGGUAUGGAGGGCAGGAAGAAGCUGUUUAAUGCUGGACAGUAGAUUUGAAGUGAAUAUGUUCUGUAGCAGAUAGAAGCAGUGAAUCAUGUGACUAUUGUUCACUUUAUAAUGAAAGUGAAAGUGAAGACCAGUAUAACCAGUAGGUUUCAUGUUGGUGUUUCAAUUGUUUGUAAACAUGACAAUAGUGAACAUAUGCAUUUAAUUGCACUUCUUGAGAUUUACAUAUUGUUUUUUUAACGUUAUGAUGUAAUGUUAACUCUUACAUGAAAAAACAUAUGUGUUUGAUGCAUUUGAGCAGUUGUGCUUUUGUAGUUCUUAGCAACUUUGUGAGUUCAUGAACACAGCACCACUGUUUGCUGUCCAUAUCUAUUAUUCCAUAAACAGGCAAUAAUCAGAGGGGAUGCAAAUGUGUUGCCUCUCCUGAGUCAUGUAAACAUAGAACUUGGAGAACAACAUUUGCAUUUGUUCUUGUGUUUUCCGUAAGGACACUUUGCAUGUCUGAUUAGGGGACAGAUUACAGGGACAGCUAAUUUUGGCAGUCAACUGUUCAUGGAGUCACAUCAUAUGAGAGUUCCAUGAAAAUGAAUGUGCAGUUAAUCCGCUGACAUUGUGAUGACAAGAAGCAAAUAAUAAAAUCAUAAUGGUUGACAUUG